CUUCUUCUGGAACUGUCUGGCCCAAAAAAGCAAAAAAUCAUCAGGAACAGGAACCCUUUGCAACGAUUUUUUUAUACUCUGUUUAUGUCUCUUCGUUUGUUGUUGCAGAGCAACUGAAGCACCGCAGGUACGGACCAAACUCAAUCCAUCAGCACCCUAACUAAAUAAUCUUUGGUGUUUUUAAGAUUACAAGGUGUGUUGGGUUUGUUUGAAUUGAUCACAAAAAAGUAGAGCCUACAUGCGUGGAUUAGCUGCGUUGUCCCCUGCAAAGAUCAAGUUGUUCAAACAAGCCUACCCUAUGAAAGGGUCAUGGGGUACUGUGGCCACUUCAACACCAAAGAGACAAGGGAACAAUGAUCCUGGCGAAGGAGGACUUGUUGCAAAAGAGAAAACCGAACCAAUUGUCGCCUUCAGCAGGCCUCCGCCCCUUCCACCGGUUUUCGGACCAUUGGUUCUUCUCUCUCUGCUAGAAACGUGGUGGAGUCGCGAUAACAAUGAUGACUAAAAGGUGAUUUAUCUGUCCUUCUAACGCUGGCAUUGUCUGAUCCUCUCUACUUGAAGAAAAACUUUGCAAUGUAAAGCACAAUGUAGUAUGCAUAGCUGAGCAGUCGAGCUGCAAGGUUCCAAAGCCUCAAGUAGCUGUCUACAAGUGGUGCGAAAAGUAUUGUGUAUAUCUUCCAUAACCAUUGAAAAACGAUAUGAGGACUCUUUAGGAACCCUGCAGGAGAAAUAUUUUGAUGUUAUGUCAUGCUAUGAUAUAAAUAAGAUGAGUUAAGGUUUUGAAA